UUUGUUACUCAAUACAGAAAAGUAGAAUUUUUCACUGUCGCAAUAUUAAGAAAAGUAGUUUGAUCAUAGCAAGCUUUAGAAGUCGUUAAUUGAAGUUAAAACACAAUUUAAAGAAAUACCUCUGUAAACAAAAUGGUUGAAACUGGUAAAAAGUUAAGUGAAUUAAGGGUUUCUGAUCUGAAACUUCAGCUUGAGAAACGGAAAAUGGAUACUGUUGGUGCUAAGGCCACAUUAGUUGAACGUUUAGAAAAGGCCUUAAAGCAAGAAGGCCAUGAUCCUCAGAAAUACGUUUUUAAAAGUGGAGAUAAAAUAACUCCAAAAUCUAAAGAUAGAACUGGAACGGAAGAAAUAAAAAUAAAGGAAGAACCCGUUAUGGAUGGUUACCCAGAAGACAGUCGUGAUGGAUUUCAGUCUGGUAAUGAAAAUGGCGAUGCAGAUGCGAACGUUGAUGACGAGAUUGAUCAAGUGGGAACUGUAGAUGACGAGUGUGUUAUCAUUGAAAAUGAAGAUGAAGAGUCUCAAUAUGUUGAUGAUGCAGAUGCUGAAGCAGACGUCGAUGCUGAUGCUGACGCUGAUGAACAAGAAAAUGAGGAAAAUGAACGUGGUGAAGGUGAUGAAGUGCACGAAGAAGAGGACGAAGAAGAAAUUAGUGAAAAUAAUAAUCAUGACACCGAAGAAUCAAUUAAUUUGACAAUUGGCGAAGAAGAGCAACAAUUAUUACAUGAAGCUGCAGAUGAAAAGGAAAAAACAGCUGAAGCCAGCAAAUCACAAAAGGAUAAGAGCUCAGCUAAGGAACAACAAAAUAUCGACAAAGGAAAAAAAGAUGAGAAAAAGGGUGGCAAAGAUGAGGCUUCCAACAAAAAUAAGAAAAAAGAAGAGAAGUCCAUUGACAAAAAAGACACGAGUGAACAUAAAUCGUCAACAAAAUCGUCACAUAAGGAUGAAAAAGAAAAGACUACUAAUGCAUCAACUGUUAGCAUCUCAUCGAAAUCCUCAAAGCCUACAGUUCCAUCACGUAAUUUAUGGGUUUCCGGUUUAUCAACAUUGACACGUGCAAGUGACUUGAAAACAAUUUUCUCCAAGUAUGGCAAAGUAAUCGGUGCAAAGGUUGUUACAAAUACGCGUACACCGGGUUCCCGUUGUUACGGUUACGUUACAAUGUCAUCAUCAUCUGAUGCUACUCGUUGUAUCGAAAAUUUGAACCGGACUGAACUGCAUGGCCGCAUUAUAUCUGUGGAACGUACAAAAAAUGAAAUUGGUAAUACAUCAAACGGAGCUAAGGACUCAGCAAAAGUUACAGGUUCGCGUUCAGCAUCCAAAAAGAAAGAUGACGACAAAAAAAGUUCUGCUAAAGAUGGUGCCAAACCUUAUGAUGAAAAACGGAAACUUGGUGAUACUAAAAAAGACGAUAAGGACAAAGAUAAGGGAAAGGAUAAAAAAGAUGAUAAAGAAGCCAAAGAUGAAAAAUCAAAUGACAAUAAACGUUCACGUGACCCAGUUCGUUCCAAGGAAGUCGAUAAAGAGCGUGAACAGCGCAUACGCGAAAGGGAACGUGAACGCGAGCGCAUACGUCAACGCGAAAUUCUCUCUUAUCAAAAGAUACGCGAAGAAAGGGAACGUCAGCGUUUGCGUCAAAAGGAAAGAGAAUUGCGUGAAGAGGAACGUCGUCGCCGGGAGAUACGCGAUCGUCAACGUCAAGAAGAAAUUCGUCUAGCAGAAGAACGCAGAAAGUUGGCUCAGGAACGUGAACGUCUUGAACGAGAAAAGGCUGAGCUUAUGCGUUUGGAACGUGAGCGUCAAAAGUUGGAACGUGAAAAAAUUGAACUGGAACGACUUGAGCUAAAGCGCCAACAAAUGAAAAUGUUACAAGCUCGUGAGGAACCCAUCAAACGUCAUUCGAAGCACACUAGUGAUGAUCGGUAUGCUGAAGUUUCCGAACGUAAACGUACAACAACAAAUGAAGGACGUAUGGAAGCACCACCACCACCUAGGUUUGAUGCCAGCUUAGUAUCCUCAAGAAGUUUCGAUAAGAAGCGUGAUGAUUAUAACAGUACAGCAACAUCAAAACGUUUAGAUUACAGCAAACGCGAUGACUACACAAGUUCUAGUUCUAAACGUAGUGCCAUUGACGAUUAUACUGCAGUACCAGCGAAGCGUAAUACCGAAGAUUACGCUAAUAAGCGUGGAGAUUACAUGACAGGGGCAAAGUCCUCUCGUGAUGAAUACAAGCGCGAAGUUGAAAUACGUCACAUUCCAAGCGGAAGCACGAAUAAUACAUUCCAUUCCAAAAGCAAUAACAGUCGUUAUGGAGAGAGCGAUCGUAGUAAUUACAGACGAACUGGCAUGGAGGAGAUUAGAUCAAGUACAAACAAUGUUUGGCCUGCUACUGGGCACAUGAGCGGUGGUAACACUAUUCCAGCUAAUAUGCACGGUUGGCAAAAGACCAUUCAUACAGAUGACAAUACCUGGCGCCCAUCACAAGGUACACAGGAUCGGUAUGAUCGGACAUUCAAUGAACGCGCUGGAUACGGCAACAGUGGCGCCUUAUAUACUAAUAGUGGACGCGCUGGUCAAGAUCGAUAUGGACCUAUCUCUCGUUAUUAAUUUUAAAAUUAAGUAUAUUGGACAAUUUAAAUAUUUAUAGGAUGAUCCAUAAUUACCUAAUCUCAAAUAAUAUUUAAACCGAUUUUAUUCAAUGUAGCGAUAUUGCAUUACAUGUAUAAAUAAUUAUACUCUUAUAACAACUAUCACGUAAUGAUAGUCAAGUAGUUUUGAAUUAAUGUAACGCAAUGCUUAAUUAUGUUAGUAACAACAUAAUUAUUUCAAUAAACCAUUGAGAUAUAAGUAAUAUGUAUC